UUCACACACCACUUGGUUUCCAAUUCCCCUAACAUCUCUCUUUUUUUUUCACCUUUGAAUCUUCACCAUGAUGCAAAUCGGAGCAACACUUCCUGCACAUAAUCUCCAAGUUUUUCAGGUGAGGCGGGCCGUGUUCGAAUGCUCGGGCUCACCUCUGAACCCCUUCAAACGGGCCUCUGCCCGAAAACAGCCGGAGAACUUAUCAACUGAGAUGACAAAGAAGCAUCUUUCCAACCUCGAAAGGCUCCUCCAAAAGCAAUCAUUAUCUCACCCCAAUCCGAGUCCGCCGCCCGACCCAGAGCCGGACGCGGAAACCAGGGCUUCUAGAGGCAUCCUGGAAGGCCUCACCCUGACCCGCGUCUGGCCAGAGAUGAAGGCUGCGGAGGAGAUGUCUCCGCGCUACCUCAACCGCCUCCAGCGGCUGCUGUCCAAGUCGGCAGAGUACUCCCCGCGGAACAGCCUCGGCAGCCGCUGGCGCGAGUACCACGGCAGCAACGACUGGGCCGGCAUGCUCGAACCGCUCGACGAGAAUCUCCGGCGCGAGGUGGUCCGGUGCGGCGAGUUCAUCCAGGCGGCCUACCACGGCUUCCACUCGAAGCCCGCCACGUCACCCGAGGAGACCCAGUGGCCCCGCCACGUGGCGCUCCCGGACAGGUCCUACCGGAUGACCCGGAGCCUCUACGCCACCGCCUCGGUCGGUCUGCCAAAGUGGGUUGAUGACGUGGCGCCCGACCUCGGCUGGAUGACGCAACGCUCCAGCUGGGUCGGGUACGUGGCGGUCUGCGACGACCGCAGGGAGAUCCAGCGGAUGGGAAGGAGGGACAUCGUGAUCGCCCUGCGCGGCACCGCCACGUGUCUGGAGUGGGCCGAGAACGUGCGGGACGUCCUCGUCCCGCUUCCGGACGAAACCGAAAAUAGUGGAGCAGUUCCGCCAACCAAAGUGGAAUGCGGAUUUCAAAGUUUGCUGACAACACGUGGGGAGCACGUGGCCAGCCUGGCUGAGUCAGUGGUUGAAGAGAUCAAGAGCCUAAUGGAGAAAUACAAAGGGGAGAGCCUAAGCAUAACCAUAACGGGGCACAGCCUCGGAGCGGCCCUAGCGCUGCUCGUCGGCAACGAGCUCAGCACGUGCGCCCCCGACGUCCCGCCCAUCGCUGUCUUCUCUUUCGGCGGUCCUCGGGUAGGCAACCGCGGCUUCGCCAACCGCCUCCACGCCAACAACGUCAAAGUCCUGCGCGUCGUCAAUUCGCAAGAUCUUGUCACUCGGGUGCCCGGGAUGUUGGUCAACGAGGAUCUCGACAAGAAACUUCGCGCGACGGGCGCGGGAGGGAAGGUCCUCGACGCCCUCGACGCUAGCCUCCCGUGGUCGUACACGCACGUCGGGACGGAAUUAAGAGUGGAUACGAAAAUGUCUCCGUUUCUUAGACCCGACGCCGACGUCGCGUGUUGCCAUGACUUGGAGGCGUAUCUGCAUUUAGUGGAUGGAUUUUUGGCGUCGAAUUGCCCGUUUCGGUCGAAUGCAAAGAGAAGUUUGUGGAGACUAUUGAAUGAGCAAAGGUCGAAUGUGAAGAGAUUGUACACGAGCAAGGCCAAGGCUUUGAGGUUGAACAAUGUGCACGCCACAAGUGGAAUGGCUAUGUCUAAUGUUUUGCCAAGUCCAUCUUGAUCAACAAUUAGCUAUGGUUAUGGUGGAACUAAUUAAUGGCGCUCAUUGUAAAUUUCAAAUAAUUUAACUAGUUUUAUAAAUGGGUGCUCUGCUUAAUUUUGAAA